AUGCCUCCGAAAAGAAAGGCCUUGGCCCCUCCCAAAGGAGGAUCAAAGGCAGGGAGGUCCUCGCGCGUGUCGACACCGGGAGCGGCGACACCUCGAAGCCUCGAUAGUAGCGACGAGCUCGAGGUCGAUGACGCCCCCGUUGACGAAGUGCUCGAGCGGGACAUCGACAAGAAUAUAGACCAAUUCUCGCUUGAUAGAUACCAGAAAAAGCAUGUCAUUCGGGAACCGCUGCCGCACAUCUUCGGGAACAAUGACUUUUCGUACCUCGAUCUCAAAAAGGACCACCCCAACCGGCCGCUGUGGAUCGAUCCGCAAAAGGGGAGGAUCAUUCUGGAGAGCUUCAACCCGCUGGCGGAACAGGCGCAGGAUUUCCUCAUCACCAUUGCCGAACCCCUUUCGCGGCCGACGUUUAUGCACGAGUACGCCCUCACGACGCACAGCCUCUACGCGGCCGUUUCCGUCGGCCUCUCGCCCGGUGACAUCAUCAACACGCUCGAGCGCUUCCUCAAGACGCCGCUUCCCGACGAGAUCAGAGACUUCAUCAACAGCUGCACGCAGAGCUACGGCAAGGUGAAGCUGGUGCUGAAGAACACAAAGUACUACGUCGAGAGUCCGGAUCCCAACAUGCUGCAGAUGCUGCUGAAGAACCCCAAGAUUGGCCCGCUUCGCGUGCAGGGGACGGAGGAGAUCACGACGUCGGCGGCCCCCAAGCUGGGCGGACUCGUCAUCCCAGGGACGAAGAAUGCGGCGGGCGUCAAGCAGGCCACCGACUUGCAGGCGUCGAGUGCGGAACAGGGAAGCAACGGCGCCCCGGCUCCCGACGGCGAGGAGCUGCUCAUCAACGUCAACGAGGAGGAUGACGACGAAGAUCAGGACGUGACUCACUCGUUCGAAAUCGCAGACAAGGACGUCGAGACGGUGCAAAAGGAAUGCCUCAACCUCGGGUAUCCCGUCCUGGAGGAGUACGACUUCCGUAGGGACGAGGCCAACGCGAGCCUCGAAAUCGACCUCAAACCCGGCACGCAGAUCAGACCGUACCAGGAGAAGAGCCUGAGCAAGAUGUUCGGCAACGGACGAGCCAAGAGCGGGCUGAUCGUCCUGCCGUGCGGGGCCGGAAAGACACUGGUCGGCAUCACAGCAGCCUGCACGAUCAAGAAGGGCGUCAUCGUGCUGUGCACCAGCUCCAUGUCGGUGGUCCAGUGGAGGCAGGAGUUCCUCAAGUGGUCCAACAUCAACCCGGACGACAUCGUCGCCUUCACGUCGGACUCUAAGGGGUCCGUCUUCACCGGAAGCACGGGCAUCAUCGUCACGACGUACUCGAUGGUGACGCAGUCAAGGGCUCGGUCGUACGACGCCGACAAGAUGAUGAAGUUUCUCACCGGCCGGGAAUGGGGCCUCAUGCUGCUCGACGAGGUUCACGUCGUGCCGGCCAACAUCUUCCGCAAGGUCACGUCGUCGAUCAAGACGCACUCGAAGCUCGGCCUCACGGCGACGCUGCUCCGAGAGGACGACAAGAUUUCGGACCUGAACUUUCUGAUCGGGCCGAAACUCUUCGAGGCGAACUGGAUGGAGCUUUCGAAGCAGGGACACAUCGCGAGGGUGCAGUGCGCCGAGGUCUGGUGCCCGAUGCCGACCGAGUUUUACGACGAGUACCUGCGCGCGCCGUCGCGCAAAAAGAACCUGCUGUACAUCAUGAACCCGCGCAAGUUCCAGGCGUGCCAGUACCUGAUCAACUACCACGAGUCGAGGGGCGACAAGAUCAUCGUCUUCUCGGACAACGUGUACGCGCUGAAGGCGUACGCGCUGAAGCUCGGCAAGGCCUUCAUCUACGGCAACACGGGCCAGGCGGAGCGGCUGCAGGUGCUGGAGAACUUCCAGCACAACCCGCAGGUCAACACGCUGUUCCUGUCCAAGAUUGGCGACACGUCGCUCGACCUGCCGGAGGCGACGUGCCUCAUCCAAAUAUCGUCGCACUACGGUUCGCGGCGUCAGGAGGCGCAGCGGCUGGGGCGGAUCCUGCGAGCCAAGCGGCGAAACGACGAGGGCUUCAACGCCUUCUUCUACUCGCUCGUGUCAAAGGACACGCAGGAGAUGUAUUUCUCCUCCAAGCGCCAGGCCUUCCUCGUCGACCAGGGGUACGCGUUCAAGGUGAUCACGCAGCUCGCCAACAUCGAGAAGACGCCGGGCCUCGCGUUCGCGUCGGCGACGGAGAGGCGGGAGCUGCUGCAGAAGGUGCUGGUGGAGAACGAGACGAUGGAGGACGAGGACAUUGACGACCUGUUCCACAGCGGCACCAUGGGACGCAAGAAGAAGAAGAAGGGCACGGUCCGGCGCACGGCCGGAACGCUGGGCGAGCUGAGCGGGGGCCAGGACAUGGCCUACAUCGAGCAGAACAAGCGGGUCAACCAAGGGCUGAAGAAGAACAAGAACGGCAAGGACAGCAGCGCAUUCUUCAAGAAGAUAAGCCGGGAGAACGCGAGGCGGGCGGCGGCAAACUAG